AUGCGCACAUCAGGCUGCUCAGCUUGUAGAGCGCUACUUCGAGCUGCGAGACAUCGAGAUGUUGAAGCAGCGCAGCAGCGCCGCAUGCAAUCUACCGCAUCCCGAGCGCGACGCAUCUUUUCUGGCAUUCAGCCUACGGGCAUCCCUCAUAUUGGCAACUAUCUCGGAGCAUUGAAACAGUGGAAGAAGCUGCAGGAUACAGCAGAACCGUCAGACGAGCUCUUUUUCAGUAUCGUCGGUCUGCACGCCAUCACGGUGCCCCAGGAACCUGGGAAGCUGCGACAAGACCGUCGAGACAUGCUAGCGACACUUCUCGCACUCGGUCUGAGUCCAGAGCGUUGCACGAUAUUCUUUCAGGAACAAGUACCUCAACACGCUGAGCUCGCCUGGAUGCUCAACUGUCUCGUCAGUCUAGGUCGUCUACAGCGUAUGACAUCUUGGAAGAGCAGACUGGCAGGAAUGAAGGGCAGCAAGGAAGGAGAGGCAGACGAAGGCAAACUGCAUCUUGGCCUCCUGGCUUAUCCAGUACUUCAAGCUGCCGAUGUUUUGCUUUACGACGCAACGGAGGUCCCUGUGGGCGAUGACCAAAAGCAGCACAUCGAGCUCAUCCGGGACCUAGCGGCCACCUUCAACUCCAGACACUCUACAGAAUUCUUCAGAGCGCCAGAGCAUAUCUUCACGCCUACUUCUCGUGUCCAAUCGCUCACACAACCCAGUGCAAAGAUGUCAAAAUCCGCCGUCAACGCUAGAUCGCGCAUUCUUCUCACCGAUGAGCCAGAAGAUAUUGAGAGUAAGAUCCGUAGAGCGGUCUCCGAUGGCAAAUACAUGAUCUCAUACGAUCGAGACACUCGGCCUGGCGUGUCAAAUCUGAUCGAUAUCUAUGCUGGCUUGACCGAAAAAACGCCAGCAGAAGUAUUGCAGCAUCUAGAAGAGCAAAGGAUCGACACGCUAGGCAAGAUGAAGCGGUCUCUUGCCGACUUGAUCAUCGAGAAAUUCACUCCCUUCCGCGCCGAGUUCUCGAGGUUGCAAGCAGACCCAGGAUACCUAUCCCAAGUAGAGCAGAUGGGCGAGCAGAAAGCGAGCGCAGUUGCGCGGGAACGGAUGGCAGAGAUACACAAGCUUGUUGGCCUUGCAUGA